AUGGAGUCUUUCAACACGCUCCUUAAGUCAACCAAGGAAGACAGAUAUGAAUCUCGCCCUUUCUCCGCCGCUGGAUACAACUGGACACUUGUUGUGUACCCUAAAGGGAACCAGAAGGAUAGUGGUUCAGGAUACCUUUCUCUUUACGUAACCAUAGACAACUCUACUCUCGCUGCACAUCAACAAGUGUACGCAGAUCUCAGGUUUUACAUCUAUAACAAGAACGUGAGAAAGUACUUCACCAUCCAAGAUGCAAAUGUAUGGAGAUUCAGUGUCUUCAAAACGAUGUGGGGAUUCCCUCAGGUUCUCUCUGUUGACACUUUCAAAUAUCCGAGAAACGGAUACCUUUACGAUGGAGAUCACUGUGAGUUUGGUGUUGACGUGACCGUUCCUUCUCUUGCCGAAAAAUCCGAACUUUUCACUGUCACUGACAACAUUCGGAACUCGACUUUCACGUGGACGAUUCGGGGAUUCUCCACACUGCUUGAGGAUAGUUACCCAUCAGAUUUGUUCUCUAUCGGAGGAAGAAGUUGGAAUAUAGAAGUGAAUCCAAAUGGUUUUGACAAGGGACAGGGAAAUUCCUUGUCCAUGUUUCUUCAACUUAACGCUGACGAAAACUACAGAACUUAUGAGAGGAUUUAUUUUAUGUCUCUAGCUGAACUAAGAGAUUCAUCAAAGGGUUACCUUGUGAAUGAUGUACUCAAGGUUCAAGCCGAAAUAGAGGUGGUUUCUUCAACCAAGUACUUCCCCUAA